GAUUAGGUGCUGUGACCUAUGAGCCCCGACGUUGGAGCGUGUGCCAAGUGGCCACCGUGAACAUAGUGGACAGCCCAUUCAUGAGUCGUCAUGACAUGAUUCUUCAUCAUCAUCAUCUACAAUAUCAACUUCGUUCAAAAACUUCCAGAGGACCUCUUCGACUUUGCUGAACUUAAAUUGUGGUCUUUUCAAAUUUUUGCGGGUGAGAAAGAGCUUAUAAAGGGGGUUUCUGUUCCUGAGUUCCGACUUCCUGUGAAGAGAAGAAAAGGUUGUUAGUUUGUUGUUACUGUUCUUACAGGUAUCAACAACGAAAUCACCAUCCUAUAGAUUUUCACUUCCGUUCUUCAGAUUGACAAUUAAUCCGGUCCAUGACCAUUCUCUUUUGCAGGUAUUCAAUUCGAUUUGGCGCUGCGAUUACCAGUGGUUGAAUUGAUUAGGUCGCCUGGAUUUCGCCUCACAUUUGGUUCCUCCAUUUUUUUGUGUUUCAUGGUGAUGGAGCAGGACGGCACGAUUUUGAUUGGAGUUGACACCUAAAGUUAGGGUUUCGCCUUUGGGCUUAUAGGGUUUCAGUGAUUCAAAUCGCAUUACCGUGCGAGGAGGCCAUGCCGUCGACAUUAACGGCCAUCACCCUGGAUAGGUUUCUAGAACCGAGUAAUUCAGGAACUCCGAAAUCCAUCACUAGACCUCCUAAUUCGAAGCUGAGUAGACGACAUUCAUCGACGGAAACGAUAAGAAAGAACUUGCCACAGCUAUCUCCAGCGCUCUACGCCACCCCUGAGGUAACCCCUGUACCCGAUUCUCCAUCGUCCGGAUCCUUCCCUCCCUCCCCUUACAUCGUCAAUCACAAACGGCGUGGUCCCCGUCUUCUUAAGAGCGUUUCUCAGAACGACAUCCCCUUGAACCAACGAGCUACAGAAGGAGGCACUACCACCGAUGAGAAUGGAAGGGACUCAAACUCAGAGGUUGUUGGUUCUACCGAGGAUCUUCGACCUCCUGCUAUUGUUACUGCUUGCAGCCCUAAUAAGGAGGAGCCGGGUCGGAAUGGUUUCCAUGAUGACGAUAUUGGAAACAGCAGCUUGGAUGACAGGUUGGUUAGGACGGAGGAUUUGCCAAAGUCGGUCACAUUCAAUUUGGAAAGAGACGAAAGAGAAUGUGAGGGUGAAGAUUUCUAUGAUCCUCAGGAGUCCAUGAGUUUCAGCAGCAAUAAUGAUAUAGAGGACAACGGUGGGGGUGAGCGCUCUUUCAGGUUGACUACUCCAAUGGGGGAAUAUUAUGAUGCUUGGGAUGACCUCUCUAGUGAGGGCGGACCACAGUCAUCCCUUCAUGACAUGGAAGCUGAACUGCGUGAGAUAAGAUUGAAUUUGUUAACAGAGAUUGAGAAGCGGAAGCAAGCUGAGGAAACCCUCCAUAGUAUGCAAAUGCAGUGGCAGAGGAUGAGGGAACAAUUAUCACUUUUAGGGCUGACAAUUCCUGCAGCUUUAGCCAUCACUACAGAAGAAGAAACUUCUGAUCUUGAUCCUGGAGAAGAGCUGUUGCAGCAAAUCUAUAUUGCACGUAUGGUUUCCAACUCUAUAGGGAGAGGCACUGCAAGGGCGGAGGUUGAGAUGGAGAUGGAAUCUCGAAUCGAGUCGAAGAACUUUGAAAUCGCUCGAUUGUGUGACCGGCUAAAUUAUUAUGACGCCGUGAAUCGUGAGAUGUCUCAGAGGAACCAAGAAGCUGUUGAGGUGGCUCGGCGUCGAAGGCAAAGAAGGAAAAAAAUGAGAAUGUGGGUUUGGAGCUCAAUAGGCACUGCAGUUGCAGUUGGUGCUGUGGCCCUAGUAUGGUCUUUUCUCCCAACAGGAAGAGAAUCAUCUCAGUCCAUGACUUCUCAAGCUCCUGAUGGUGAUGAUGCAACCAAGUGACGAUGAUACCAUGUUCUCAAUGAAGCUUCAAGAGGACGGAAAGGUCAAACACAUUGGCUAUUUGCUUUCAUCAGUUAUACACUGUUUUCCCUACUGCUAGAAGAUUGUGAAAACACCGAAUUUGUAUAGGCAGUUGAGCACUCAGCAACAAGGCCAGGCAUUUGCACCUAUCUUUGUAUCCUUCAGUCCAUUGUAUCUUCUUUUUAUAUGCUCUAAAGAAUCAUCUGAUUCUAAUGAGUAGAAACCCUAAUUCACUUGUUUUAUUCAUGAGAUACAAAUAAUUACAUUUACUAGUAAACCGAAAAAGGGAAAAAAAAAGACUGUAGAUUAUUUUUAUACAA